AUGAUUUUCAACGGCGAUUCCAAUUCCAGACAGUCCUACUACAGAAUGCAGUCGAAGGUGCAGUGUAACGAAACUGUUUUUGGUAUAAACACCCAGAGCUUUCACGCGCCAAAGUUGUGCGAAAACAAGCGGUGGAAUUUUUCAAUACAACACUUAUCACAUUCAAGCCCUUUCCACGCCGGCUG